AUGGCUCAGCCGAACGUGAAUAUUCGCCUCGCCGUCUUCCCAGAAGACAAACAAACUGUGGAACAAUUGUUCCUUGCCUAUGCAAAAUCACUUCCUGUUAGCCUCGAUUUCCAAAACUUCGAACAUGAGCUGGCAGAAUUGCCGGGAAAAUAUGCAAUUGAGAAACGAGGCGCAAUAUGGUUGGCGUACGCAUCAUCCAAUGUGUCGGAACCAGUAUCGUCAACAACAUCACUUGGAAUGAAUGGAAAAACACAGCCCGACGCCAGCUCGACAAGGGAUGAAAGGGCGGUUGGGUGCAUAGCCAUACGGCCAUUUUUCACUACGCCGACUACCGCCGAAUCCUCAGCUUUGCUAGCGAACUCGACUUCAUCAAGCACCACAACGUGCGAACUCAAAAGACUUUUCUUGGCCCCAGAAUCGCGAGGGCUUGGUGUGUCGAAGCUCCUGAUGGAUGUUGCAGUCUCCUAUGCGAGGAAAUGGGGCUACAAGAAUAUGUUGCUAGACACGCUGAGGACGAUGACGCCUGCGCGGAAAUUAUACGAGAAGUAUGGGUUUGUGGAGAUUGAGAGCUAUUAUGAGAACCCAGAAGACGCUGUUUUCUAUCGACUGGCUUUAUGA